GCCGUUGGGUGAUAAAAAGAAAACAAAAACAUCCCAUCUGCCGCAACGGUUGCAUCCGUGCACUGCACUGGUUGUGUCUUCACAUUUUUUCGUUGCACUUUGUACAUUGCAUUCUUCUGUUUCUCGGUUUCCACAAGCUUCACUAUCGUUUAGUGCCAUUAGCUUUGCGUGUUUACUCUAAUUUAUAGUUAAGUGUGUCCGCGCAUUUGUGAUUUGAACGUGUUUUCGUUUCCCGUUUCGUGUGCAAUUUUCUUUUCGCAUUUGCAAGUGUAAAGUUAAAUAAUGUCAAAACCGAACGUUCUAGUCCUUGGAGGGUGCGGAUUUAUUGGGCGCCAUCUAGUUGAUCAUCUCGUCACUCAUGAUUUAGCGGGCCGGAUUAAGGUGGUGGAUAAGACACCGCCACUAAUGGCCUGGCUCAACAGCAGACACACGCAAGCGUUCGCUAAUGAGCGGGUAGAAUUUGUGAGCGCCAAUCUAAUAAAUCCUGCAUCGUGCCAAAAUGCGUUCCGAGUGGAGGGCGAACAAAUCGAUGGGUGCUGGGAUUAUGUGAUAAACUGUGCGGCCGAAACGAAACCCGGCCAAACGGACCCCGUGUACCAGGAAGGUAUACUGAAACUAAGCUUAAACUGUGCAACAGAGGCUGUGAAGCAUAAAGCUAAGCGUUACGUGGAGCUUAGCACCGGAAGCAUGUGCUCCGACGAGAAGGUACCGCAAAAGGAAGACUGUCCCGUCGAACCGUGGACGAUGGUGGGCAAGUAUAAGGCGAAGGUAGAACAGGAACUGACCGCCAUAAAGGAUUUGCCCUAUACCAUACUGAGAUUGCCGAUCUGCUAUGGAGUUGGCGAUCGAAAAGGAUUGACACCUCGCCUCAUUAUAGCGGGAAUUUACAAACAUCUCGACGAAACGAUGAAGCUGCUCUGGACCGGAACGAUGAAGAUGAACGUAGUGCACGUCGAUGACGUGUGCGGUAGCAUUUGGGAGCUGUUGCAAUCCGAUGGCACAGUGCGCGAAACGAUCAACGUGUGCGAUGAUAGCAAUGCCACCCAGGCGAUGAUCAGCGAGCUGCUUGCCGACAUGUUUGGCAUCAAGAUCGAUUAUUGGGGCGUCACUAUGUCGAACAUGACGAGGCUCGACAUGGCGGGUGCUAUCGAGGAAAUCAACGAUCGACACCUGGGGCCGUGGGCCGAGCUGUGCCAGCGCGACGGUGUGCAGAAUACGCCGCUCACACCGUACAUGGACCAGGAGCUGCUGCUGCACAAGCAUUUGCAUUUGUGCAAUGAAAAACUUAAAUCGUACGGGUACAAGCUGCGUCGUCCACAGAUAACGCGGGAAUUGUUAGAGGAAAUAGUGCAGGAUUUCAUCGAGAUGAAUCACUUUCCACGUACUUUGCUUGCGUAAGCGUAUGAGUUUGUGCAGAAGAUUGCUCAUACACACUCGUAGGAACGUUUCGUUCCAACAAGCGUAUAGAUAGUGUAUUCACAUAUACGUAUUAUUCUUAUCUAUUCUACAUCUAUAAGUACGAUCUCGCGCUCCGAAUAACUCCGUACGACAACGAACGAAGCAGCAGUAAGGGAAGAAUCUGCUAAUCAGGAGGGAGACACGACCGUAACUUAUUAUUUUACACCUAUUGGGGUGCUGAAAUUAAUGUCUUUCCACUUAACGCCUAGCGUAUGCUUUUGAUGAAGACAGAUCAGUUGUCAUUUGUACUUCGGGCUUCGUGAUCUCCUCCCGAACCGUAGUAAAGCAGAAACCUACUUUGUCCUUUAUCAACAUCAUUCCAAGUCGGUGCGAUCGAGUAUGAUGAUUAGUUUAACUAAACAGACGAACGAGCAAAGUUGCUCCAAUUUAUUAGACUUGUGCAAAACAUUUAACAGUGUUGUAUACCCACACAGUGCGUAUUAUUAUCGGAAUGUGAAAGGAACCAUGUGCCUAAACGAAAAUUUUAUGAUAAAAACAAAUCCGUGCAUCGUGGCGUCAAUAUGCAGAAGUAAAUAAACUAUAUAAACAUGCAUUCUUACAGGUAGAAACUAUAAACAA